GCUGAUGUCCCUGUCGUCGCGGUCGGACGUGAGCGUUUCGCACACGCGUGUGCGAUACCUUAAUCCGCCGCUGCACGAACGCUGCACCAUGGUGGACAUGGCCAAACUGCACGAAUGCUUCACUGAAGCUUAUCAAGGCAAACUCUUCCCUGAUGAGUUCCGCGGACUUUUACGUAACUUGUUCAAUGUGGAGUACGACGAAGAAGAGUUCAAAAUUCUAUUUAUGAAGAUAAACACGAAUCGCGACGGCGCGAUCACUUGGGACGAGCUGGUAUCGCAUCUGCAGCUGGGCUUUAUCGCCAACGAUCCCGAGAACCAGCGCGAGUCGCUCGAACCGCCCAUCUUGGGUCUGCCCAAGGUCAUCCGCUCCAUGCACCGCCAUCCCAUUUCCCGGGUCUGCUUCUGCCCCGAUAUUGCCAAGGACCGCACAGUGGACAUGAUGCUGGGAAACUACAUGACGGCCAGCCGCGACGGUAUGAUCCGAUGGUGGACGCUCACCAUGACGCCGCUACGCUACGCCUUUUCUUCUAGCCCCCAGCUGAAGGUGCGCACGACGUGGGUGACGGAUAUGGUCUGCAUGCCGGACGUGAACAUCAUAUGCACCAGCUCAACAGAGCGCGACUUGCGCUUCUAUGACUGCACCGCUAACACCUUCACACUCAAAAUCAUCAUUACUAGCUGGGAGUACAUGAUCUGUUCGCUGUACUACUACUUCCACAAGGAUGAGAGCGAGCGUUGCAUGGUGAUCUGCGGUGAUGUGGGCGGCAACGUCCGCGUGCUGCUUUUCUCUCCCGUCAUGCGCGGGCCCUUCCAAAGUCAGGCGUCGCGAGCGCUAACUCAAUUACGCCACGUCGAUUUGCAAAAAAGGCCGCGGCUUCUGCCGUCGAUGCAGCUGGUGGAGUUCAUCCGCGUGCACAACGAGUGGGUGCGGCAGGUUUAUUUCUACGCGUCGCUGCAUUGCAUCGUUUCCUGUUCCACCUCAGUCGACUCGCUGCUCAUGUGCGACAUUCAGGGCUCCAAGACUCAUAACAUGUUUCGCUGCGAUAAGGGAAUACAAUGCUUCGUGAUCGACGAGGAACAGCACCUGCUAGUGACGGGCGGGCCGGAUUGCAACAUCCGAAUUUGGAAUCCAUUCGUACCGUCCAAGGCAAAUGCGUUGCUGAUGGGUCACCAUGCCGGCAUCAUCUCACUGGUGCUACAGCGCAACGUCACCGGACAGCUACUAUAUUCGCUGUCACGUGACCGCGUCAUCAAGGUCUGGGACGUGUCCGGACAAGUCUGUAUACAGACGUACAUCGACAUCCCGUCGCAAGUGGGCGAGCGUACUCCGAUCACAGCGGUGUACAACCCUGCGACGCGUGACUUCAUACUGGGCGCUAUCAAGAUCGCUAUCAUUGUGCUCAACGAACAGCUCAAUCCCAAGCACACGGACGGCUUCACGCACUCGCGCGCCGUUUCGAAGAUCCUGUACAAUCCGCUUUUCAAGGUGGUCGUCACGUGCGGAAUGGACAGCAUAAUUUUCAACUGGGAUCCUAUCACAGGCAAGCGCAACAUGAUGGUGCGCGACGCGCACACCCGAAUGCUGCACGGCGAGCUGAUCCCGGUGGAGAUCACCGCGGCGUGCUUCGACCCCAACGACCAGCUGCUGCUGACGGGCGCGCGCAACGGCACGCUCAAGAUGUGGAACUUCAACAACGGCGAGUGCCUGCGCAACAUGAGCAUCGAGCACAACAUGGAGGUGACGGGCGUGUUCUGGGUGGAGGGCAGCGAGAGCGGCGCCGGCCGCAUCUUCUCGGUGGGCUGGGACCGGCACGUCACCGAGUUCGAGGCCGGCGUCACGGGCGCGGCCAGCGGCACGGGCAAGGGCAAGCCCUGGGACACGCGCCACUCCGACGACGUGCUGGCCGCGGCCGUGCGCUCGCCGCUGUCCUUGGCCACGGCCUCCUACAACUCCGAGCUCAUCUUCUGGAAGCUGGAGACGGGGCAGCCCUACCGCCGCUUCUCGUGCACCGACCCCACGCUGCGCAUCAAGAUGCACUACAGCAAGCGGGACAUGCAGCAGCAGCAGCGGCAGGGCGCCGGCGGCUCGCACGACGCGCGCCGCCGCUCGUCCGUGCGCCGCCCGAGCUGCGUGGACCGCGGCGGGCGCGACGCCGCCGUGGACCAGUCGUCGGCCGUGGAGAAGGCGCGCGCGCGGCGCGUGUCCUCCGUGCAGGUGCCGUCGCGCGCCAUGCACAUGCGCCAGCUGGCCGUGCACUGCAUGAUCUACCUCGAGACGCGCCCCUUCCACAUGUACGUCGCGUCACUGCUGGUGGGCCUGGAGAACGGACAGAUCCAGGCGUGGUCGGACCAUCCGGCGGGCGGACUGCGCGACUCCUUCCAAGGCAUCCACACAGCGGGCGACUACGUGUCCGCCAUGGCCACGGAUGCCGCCAACGACUACCUGUUCACCGGCACCACCGUGGGGUACAUCAAAGUGUGGCUCAUGAAGAAUUACUGCCGGAACGAGGAGGUGCACGUGUGCAUGCCGGCGCUGCGGCUGGAGUUCCCGUUCCUGUGGCGCGACCGCGUCGAGGGCCGCGCCAAGCGCUCGGUGCGCGACCAGGCGCGCCCGCUGCUGCUCAGCUCCUACCGCGCCCACAUGCGCUGCGUCACCUGCGUGGCCUUCAUCGACGAGCACAAGCUCGUGCUCAGGCGAGCCCCUUCUCGGUGACCGGCCGGAUCGAGCCGCGGAGCGCGCGUCGACCGUCAGUGGUUCUCCCGCAGCGGCAGCGCGGACUACUCGGUGCGCGUGUGGCGGCUGACGGGCGAGUACAUCAACACGCUGG